CUGAUCGUUUAACUGCGACGCUUUGUCGGUGGCUGAGCAGUGAGUAGUCUUUGAGUCUUUCUCUGGUUGGAAACGAGCAUUCGUUUGAAUCGUUUCGACUGGUUUUCUUUCUUUUCAUGUUGCCUCGUGAAGCUCAUCAUGGAAUGGCCAUUAUGCUCCGUCCCAUUCGAACAUAAAUAGGAGCCGACCUGCUCGAGUUCAGGUUUGUUUCUUCAUUCCGAUCAAACACAGCCAACAACGACUUGACAUCUCAGUGCUCGAAGCCUCCUCUCGUCCCUUUCUCUUCUCUAAUUCUUUGUCUUUUCCACUCACACCUCCUCUGGUUAGGAGUUGAGAUCUUUAUAAAUUAUACCCACAAGCUCAGCCCUUCCUUCAGUUCUUCCGCAAAUCAAUAUACUCACUAAUCACUUUGCCCUUCCCUUGCAACUUGAACCCAACAAACAAACCACAUCAAAAAGACAAAAUGGCCUCGUGCUCCUUCAAGACCAUCUUCACCGCCACCCUCCUGGCUUCGGCCCACCUCGUGGCCGGCCACGGCGCCAUCAUCUCCGCCACAGGCGACGCCGGCGGCCAGGGCAUGGCCCUCGGCAUCGACACCAGCACCCCCCGCGACGGCACCCGCCGCCGCCCCUUCCAGCAAGACUCGACGCGCUUCCGCGGCGACCAGGCCGACACCUUCGGCGAGACCAUCGGCGCCGGCGACAACGACCUCGAGUCUGGCACCCGCGCCAUCAUGGCCGAAAUGGGCGACCAGCUGCCCCAGGUCACCCGCGGCGGCCAGGUCGACAUGGUCCUGCACCAGGUCAACUCCGACGGCGGCGGCCCUUACCGCUGCAUGAUCAACGCCGACGGCUCGGCCUCUACCUGGAACACCAUCCAGGUGCUGACGUCGCCGCCUGGCCGCAACUCGCGCAAUCGCAGCGGCGAGUCGACCGACUUCCCCCUCGUGGCCGCCAUCCCGCCGAACCAAGAGUGCACUGGCACCGUCGCUGGACAGGACAACGUCUGCCUUGUCCGCUGCCAGAACGACGCCCGCGCUGGGCCCUUUGGCGGGAUUGUGCCGGUGCAGAUGGCGGGCUCCGCCAACGUCACCGAGUCGCGUCGCCGUCUUGCCAGGGCGGUGCUCGACUCGGAGCGCGCGCUUGCUCGCAUGGCCAAGCGCGGUCUCCUGGAGGAUGACGACGAGGACGACGAGCUUGAGUCUUUUGAGUUGGAGGAGGAGCGCCUGGAGGCUAGCAGGCUGGGUCGUCGGUUCAUGUAAACAAUCUGAUUGUUUGAGUCCAGUCUGGACUGGUGACUUCACCUUACUAAGGAUGUCAGUCGGGGCGGCUGAAUGGGAGAUCAAACGGUAAAUAGCAUGCUCUAUUAGCUUGCCAGAGCCUAGGGCACUGGAACUUGGACAAGGGAGAGGCAAAACAGGGACAAAAAACAAGUUGAGAGACAAUU